AUGGGAGGUGGUCCUCAAAUCGUAAGCAAUAAAGAGCGUUUACAAUUUAUUCCUCAUAAAGAAGUACAGAUUCAGUACAAGGGCGAUGAGGAUAUUUAUGUCAACUUGCGACUGGGAGAUUCGUUUCACGAUGAUGCCUUCAGAUGUGCCCAACCACUGUCAGGUACAACCUUCAGGAGGCUAAAAAUCAAAAUGCAGAGGCAGCCAAAAUCAACUCCAGAAAUUACAUCCACCAAGCGACAUGAAUGUAAGAUAAUCGAAACUGGUGUCAUGCAGAAUUGAAUAAGUGGCUGUUAUUUACUGUGGAGAAAUCUAGUUUCUUAAUGGCUACCAUUAACUUAAGGUGACAAAAGUUUCCAGAUGUCCUUUUUUCGGACAAAUCAUCCCCAGUUUCCCACCAAGUUUCUAAAAUUUUGAAAUGAACUGACCCGGGACUCGGUACUGAUCAGCAACUUCCUUGAACUCCCCUUCAAAAUACCCAACUCUAGCUAAUAUGUAAUCAAAUCGAUUAUCACACAUCUAAUCCUCUACGGUUUUACCAGAGAUAGAAGAUCUUCCUCAUUUGUUUAUAGAAAAGCCUGCCAUCGCCAUUUGCUUCUCAGUAAAGUAAAGGAAUGCAAUCACCUGCACUUACAUUUGAGGUGUCAGGUAUAGACCACAUGGACUUAAUUCACAUAUGCUUUCCCCAGGGGCAUCUGUUACGCAAGUCUCCGAAUGUGCUCAGCCCUAUUAACUAAGCUGUCAAUCAUUUUACCGCACUAUCUGAAUGGUGCACGCACUUUCCUUCCCUAUCAUAAUAAUAAUGGCACCUCACAAGAGAAGAGAAAGCAGUUUUUAUGGUUCUAUAAAUAGCACAUCUAACGUUGAUAUGUUACCUGUGGCGAGAAAGAAAGAUAAAACGUAGACGAAGGAUGUGGGAGGUAGAAAGGCUCAUUCCCAAGAGAGAAAGUGCAAUGGUAAGUUGAAGGCUGUGGGAUAAAAUUAAGACAAAAUCUUUAUUCAAGCACAAGUAUACACAGUUCAAAAACCACUGCUGUUGGUUAGUUGAAUUUACAAGGAAAAUUCCCUGAUGAUAAGUAAAGGGGAAAGUGGCAGUUUAACGAGCUUGAAUUUUGCAUGCUUUUAUUCACUAACAAGGAACAGAAUACUUGGUUCAAAAACAAGACAUUAUUCCAAGACGGUUGGCAUCAUCUAAAUAUAGGAGAUUUUCCUGCAAGGUAUUUCCCAUAAUUUUGAGAUCAACUUGCAGACUGUCAUGGCCAGGGGAUAAAAUUCACGUACCCUAUGAAGGUGAGACACUAUCUCCUGUUAAAUGAAAAAAAAUAAUGUGGAAGGAGAUCAUCACCCACCUCCAAGAGCUUUUCAGGAAAAGAUUUCUUUCUCAUUUGUAAAGGACGCUCUUGGGGACGCUCUUGAGGAAUCUCUUAAGGCUAAAGAACAUCUCCAAGUGCUACCUUUGGCUCAACUGCCAGCUUAAAUUAGUUUUUGUCAACCUUUUGUAUGAUUAUAAAUUCUUUAUUAGCAAAAUGUGAAAUUAAGACGUCACUUUCAUCACUAAUCUAACGUUUCACUCCAAAUUCAAAUGUCAUUAGGAGAAUAUAGCAUUAUAACAUCUAUGUUGCAGGGUGCACCAAAAGCGAUGUCCAAUUGUCAGCGACAAACAGGAAUACAGUUCAGACAAGUAAACCUGACAUAACUUGUCCGUGGGACAAGCACAUUUUUAAUUAGAAAAAAAAACAGAAACAGAUGAAAGUUGACUUUAAAUUACAGUAGAAUUAAAACUUAUCUUACAGUCAUAAAAACAAACCUCAUGCUCAUGCUCGGUGCACCCUGUGUUGAAAAAAUCAAUAAAAACUUUGGCUAAGUCAUGAUGGCGUACUGUUCCAUGUUAAGUUUGCUCGACGAGAAAUACAUUCAUAUACUAAUACCAGACAAAUGAAAGUCAAGUAGAUGAACUGGAAAGCACGCUGGUAUGCUUUUUCAUGUACACGGUUUCCUGCAAUCCCUCAGAACAAGGGACAAUUGAAAAUCAAAAUUAAAUGUACUGCCACGGGACCCAUACUGUUGCAAUGCUUGUCUCUCAUCGACUUAACUUUUACGACUUUUUCUGUAACUGCCCAUGUAAUCAGAUAACAGAAACUUUUUAAUGCCAUUUGUUCUUGGAUGAGGGGUUUAAAGUCAUUUUCCUUUCCCAUCAAGUUUUAGCUUUCAAAGGGGUGAGCGAAUUGGUCACACAACAUAAUGUUACAAAAUGUCUCUGUUAAUCAAAGCUGAAAGCUGUAAAAACCCUUUAUUUCUUUGUUUUGGAAAAUGGUAAUUUAAACAUCGUAUUAAAAACUUAUAAGUUCGAAGUACUAAACAAAAUAUACGCAUUUAAAACUACAAUCUGUGCUGUGGAACCCGUGAAACGAACUGAAAUUCAAAUGGUUGUUUUGACUGGUUUGGUCGUUUAUUGACUUGGUGUUGACAUGAGUCAAUGCAAUGGAAGCGUUUUUAGCACUUAAGCAGUACAAUGAGUGUCUAUUAUCCAAUAUUCAAGUGCUAAGAAACAUGUCGAUGGUUUUUUCGGGGCAAUAGCUUAUUUGUUAGAGUGGGUACGAAGGGUGAUCACAGGGUCCAGAGGAGAUGUGUUUAUCGUUACAACAUCAAAACCCAUCGAAAACCUCUGAAAAAAUGGGUUCUUUUGAUCGCGUUACAGUUUCGUUACACAUUCUUUAGACCGCAAAACAAGAGACUGAGGGCUCGCAAGAUCAGCUUACAGUAUAAAAUACGGAAAGGGAGGAAACAAAUUUGGGGCCGAUUUUCGAAUCCCUGAAACUAAAAUGGAAUUGAAUGAAAUCGCCUGAUUUUACUAACCUGAUCUAGAAUUCUUAUGCCAAAUACUGUAGGAAAACGGCAUAAAAAAGCAUUCAAAUUCAUUUUCGGCGACCGAAAUUUGCAGCCUCGCUUUCGUUUGCUGUGCACCGCAACAGAUGGUGACAGAAAUGACGUAGUAAAGUAAAUGUGCAUUUUCUUUGAACUCUUUGGAAGCGUGAAGCUUUUUAUUACGGCUGAAUAACGGUUCCAGUUUUCUCCAAAGAGCCUUCUGGAUCUUAAGAACAAACCGAUUUUCCUUAGCCCGUGAAUGUAAUGUUUUUCUGCAAUGCUGUAUCACGCUGGACCGAGCUCGAUAGUUUUGUUUGGAGAAUGUUAAAUUAUUACGGAUAGUGAUUUACGGGUCAUGUGUACUCUUGCAAUAAAACGAGACAUUGAGUAGAGCGGACGUACAAGGUGACUGUAAUAUCAUCACGACUGUGCCAUUCUUCAGUGGUCCCAACUAUACCUCCUGCGUCUUUGGCUGUGCGUUUUGCGACUUCUGGGAACCCUUCGAACAAGCAAAACCUUCCUAAGACAUCGAAGACUGUUGACAUGUACAACAAAUGUCUAGUCUUGAAAAUCUUCACUUCAAUUAAAACUCUGUUGCCUUCGCAUAGAUCUCUGAGACUCUCUCCGCAGCUGAUGUUUUCAUUCUCGAAUUAGCAGCGGUCUGUUGCUUUUGCAUUUUCGGUCUUAUUCACUUUUGUCACCGAGUGAUGCGGUUCACACCGAACGAAAUCACAUGGUUCAAGUUUCCUCCCUUGUCCUUCACUUCGUGCCUCAGUCGCCCUUCGGGCGAUGUGCCGUGCACCAGCAAGGAUAUGGCUUGCGGUUAUUGAUUUUCAAAAGUCGAUCUGGGUCAGAUAAGAAGCGAAGAAAUCGUUUACAGUAGAUUUAUAAAGAUCCCAUUGGGCUACUUAAUCGUGCUAAGCGACAGCUAUAGACAUUUUUCAAGGUGAGACUUUAAAUAAGUAAUUCAUUUAUUCACACGAAACUCCUCUGGACCCUGUGGGGUGAUAUGUUGCUCCGAAAAUUGAUCGGAUGCCAAAAUAGACUUCAACUUUCCGUUUCUCAACAGGACACUUUUUGCGGGCCGCAGAUAAAAUCAUUACACAAGAAAGUAUAAUGACAUGCUUUAAGAGCAUUUUAGUUUUUACUUCAAAUUCUAUGUACCAGUGGGCUUUUUUUGGUGUGGAAGUAAGCAAAAAUUAGCCUGGUCACUCACACACUUCAAGUGGGGUAACUAAAAUGGUCAGAAAAAAGACUAAUUUGACAGCUUUUAGAAAAUAAUCUAGUCUUUUAGAAAGAGCAAGUGAAGUGCUAUUAUGUAUCAAAUGUACAUCACUAGCUGUUAUCACGUUUACCAGCAUGAGCGAAAGGAAAAUGCACCAUUUUUGUCAAUUUUCAACGGCGGUGGAGGGCCAAAAUGGUGCUCUUUAAACUUCCCUCGAGUUUGAAAACACUUCAGAGCUUUAGGAUCCUUUAAUUUUAUUUUCGAAAAUAACUCACUAAAUUGGGUGGCUUUGUUCGGGUAAAAUAUGAGGAAAUUGGCGCCGGAUUUUUGAUAUUUACAGAAACUGGCUCUUAAUUAUUUGCAUUUCUUCGUUUUGUUGACAAACACAAAAUGACAUUAUGUAUUCAAUUUUGUUCACAGGUGACAAGGCCGCCCCAGACAAGGGUGUGUGGUGCUGGUGUCGUGAGGAAGAGCAUGGGAACAUUCUCAUGUGCAAAGGACCUAGUUGUCAAGUUCAAUGGUUUCAGAAUGUUUUUUUUUUUGGCUUUGCAUGAGACUAUUGUACAGCUCAGUGUUUUCUUAGUAUUGACCAGACUAUACUGUUAGGUGUUAACAGCCUGAUAAUUCAGUUAUCUGUUAAUGACCAGAGCCACAUUAAGAUAAGGGUGGUAAUGACAAAAGGUUGAUUAACAAUUGUUUUUGCCUUUUAGGGGAUUUAGAGCACUUGAGCUAUGACUGAGUUCUCGUUUUUGCUCAUUUAUAGAGGAACCUGAGAAGUACUGCCUGUGUUAUCAGGGAGAAUUUGGACUGAUGUUGUCAUCCAACAACAGAGAACGCACC